UGCACCUCAAGACUGGGCAUUCCCGAAUCCCGAAUCCUGUGACCCAUCCCGUCCUGGCAACACCAAUUCCCAAGGUCCAGUGCUGCUCUCAGCCCUAAAACAUUUUAGUCGUCCAGCGACUCCUGCGGAUCUAGCUACCUCACGUGAGCCGCAAUGAGCGGGGACGAUGGAGUGGGAUCUGCCGCCGCAGCAGCAGCAGGCGAAACGCCCGUUGCAUCCGCCACGUCACCAGGAAGCGACAGGCGCUCUGUAGCGCUGGGUGCGCUGGCGGUACUGCCCGACGAUGUGAUCGACAACAUCAUCCGACGGCUGGGACCCAAGGAUCUCAUGGCCGCCGCAUGCGUCAGCAGCGUGCUGUACGUGUUCUGCGUGGAGGAGCCGACAUGGCUGGCGGCGUGCUUCCGCGAGUACAAGGGCGAGGUGCUGCGCUUCGACGCCUCGUGGCGCCAGACCGUGCUCAACAAGUUGUCUGAGGAGAAGGGAGUGGAGCGCCGCGUUCUCAAGCCACCGCUUCACUUCAAGGACUUCCAGUCCAUGUUCCUCUACCGCCGCUGGUACCGCUGCCACGUGAAGCUCGAGACGUUCGAGGGCGACACGGGCCACGUGGAGAGGCGGGCGGGCGUCACCCCGGAUGAGUUCCGCCGCUCCUAUGACGGCCGGCGCCCCGUGAUCAUGACGGACCUCACAGAGGACUGGCGCGCCAGGUCAUGCUGGGGCCUCGACAGGCUGGCGGAGGACUACGCUGACGUGGCGCUGAAGGUGUCGGUGGCGAACGGGCGCACGGUGCGCAUGAAGCUGAGCGACUACCGCGACUACGUGGCGGCGCAGCACGACGAGGAGCCGCUCUAUGUCUUCGACCCCAAGUUCGGCGAGGAGGCGCCUCCUCUGCUGGGCGACUACGCGGUGCCGCCGCACUUCACGGAGGACGUGUUCGCCGCCAUGCCCGCCCUCGACCGCCCCAUGUACCGCUGGCUGGUGGCGGGCCCGCAGCGGUCGGGGGCGGGGUGGCACGUGGACCCCGCGCUCACCAGCGCCUGGAACACGCUGCUCGUUGGAAGGAAGCGCUGGGCACUCUACCCGCCCGGCAAGGUGCCGCCAGGUGUCACGCUGCGAGUGGACGACGACUCGGGCGAGGUGGACUACGAUGGGCCCACGUCGCUCAAGUGGUGGUUGGAGGUGUACCCGUUGCUGCGCCCCGAGGACCGCCCCAUGGAGGCCAUGCAGCGCGCGGGCGAGACCAUCUACGUGCCGUCGGGGUGGUGGCACAGCGUGCUCAACCUCGACCUCACCGUCGCCGUCACGCAGAACUUCGCCUCAUCUGCCAACUUCGACUGCGUUUGUCUGGACAUGGUGCCCGGGCGGCACAGAGGUGUGGCGCGUGCGGGGCAGCUGGCGAUCGAGGCGGGGGAGAAGUGGGACGAGCGGCUCAAGGCGAUGUAUGGGGAAGGGGGGGAGGAGGAGGAUGAGGAUGAGUGGGAGGAGGUGGAGGAAGGAGAGGAUGUAGAAGGGAGUGCGGAGGGAGAAGGGGAGGGGGGUGGGGAGGAGGGGGGAGAAGGAGACAGCGAGGGGGAAGGGGACGAGGAGGGCAAGGAGGGGGUGUGGAACGGGCUGCAGGGGCGGCUGUCAGCGCUGGCAGCGCAGCAGUUCCUCAGCGAGGGCGGCAACGAGGGGUGGUCUGAGCCGGAGAUCCGCAUUCUGCUGCGCUCGCUGUGGCCCGCCCAGCCCCACCUGCAGGACCGCAUCUGGAAGAACGCGUGUCUGUGCAUGGAUGCUGCCACGUGGCACAGGCGUGUGGCUGUUGUGUGCGAGGCACAUGGCCUGCCCUGCCCCAAGGGCCUCGACGCCCUCCCCCUCGGUUCUGGAUCCAACGCUGUUUAUCUGGUGGGGGAUCACGUGGUGAAGCUGUACCUGCCCAUGGGGUCGGGCGACGAGUCCGCUGCGGCCUUCCUCGCCAAGGAGCUGGCCUUCUACCGCCAGCUGCGUGUGUCGCAGUCCCCCCUGCUGGCCUCCGUGCCGCCCCUCGUGGCCUCGGGGCUGCUCUUCUCGUCAGGGGGGGCGGAGGGGGGCGAGGGGGCGCAGGGGAAGGGGGGUGGGCGCGGGGAAAAGCAGGCGAAUGGGGUGGGGAGCAAUGGGCGGAGUUCAGAUGCAGGGGCUGAUGGGGCGGAAGGGGAGCAGGAGGGGUACCCGUUUGCGGUGUCAGUGGCGCCACAGGAGGAGCAGCUGUUGGCAGCCGAGUGGGACGGCGUGAAAGAAAACCGCCCCUCUAACCCCUUCGAUGAGGUGCAGGGGACGGUGGCUCGAGGGAGAGGGGGGAAGAAGGGGAAGAGCGGCAAGGGGAAGGAGGGGGGGAAGGACGUUCGGACUCCGGCGUACAGACGGCGAGCGAAGAAGAAAGCAGAAGAGAGGAGGAAGAGGCGGGAGCAGGCCAAAGGGAAGAAGGGGAAGGAUGGAGGGGUGGGGGGGGGCAAGGGGGAUGAGGGAGAAGCAGAGGAACACGAAGAAGGCGAGGAGGAGGAUGAGGAUGAGGAGGAGGCGGAGGAGGGCGUGUGGCCGUACAUCAUCACUGGGCGCUGCCCUGGCUGGCAGCUGGACGCCGUCGCGGAUCUCGCCACGCCUGCGGACCGGCAGGCCCUAGCGGACUUCUUUGCCACGUCCCUCUCGCACCUGCACUCGCUGCCGCUCCCCGCCACGCCGCUCUCCGCCGCUCCUAGCAGCAAGGCGAAGGGCCUGGGCAGCGAGAAGCAGGCAGGGAAGACGGGAGCAGGAGACGAGGCGACGCAAGAGCAUGGGGCAGUGAAGGGGGGUGGAGAAAAUGGGGCAAAUGUGAAUGGUGGGAAAAAAGGGGGGGCGGAGGAGGAGGAAGAGGUGGUGGUGGGAGAGGAGUGGCGGCCGUUUGCAGAGCUGGUGCGGGAGCACAGGAAGUUCAUCAGGGAGAGGCUCGAGGACAUGGGCAGUCUCCCCCCGCACCUCAUCAAGCAGGCGGGCGCUUAUCUGCCCAAGGACCCCGCCCUGCUCUUCCAAGGCAUUCCGCGCCCCUCAUGGCUGCACACGGACAUCAUGAGCGACAACGUGCUGCUCGCUUCCGCAUCCCCUGCUGCCACACCCGCCAUCGAGGCGUUUGUGGCCCGCGGCAAGGCGGCCAGGGAAGGCAAGGAAGGCAAGGAGGGCAGGGAGGGCACGGAGGGCAUGGAGGGCACGGAGGGCACGGAGGGAAACAAGGGCUCAGAAGGGGAGGCGGGUCAGAAGAAUCGUGGUAGAGGGGAGGGUGGAGAGGAGAAGGUGGCGGUGAAUGGGGAGCGGCUGCUUGAGCCAUCUUCAAUCAUUGACUUUGGCACGCUCAUUCUUGGCGACCCCCUGUACGACCUCAUCAUGCUGCAUGUCAGCGCGCAGCGCUGCAACAAAGCCGACCUCACCAGACUGCUCGCCAGCUACAAGCCACCACUGCCCGCACAUGGAGGAGCACAUUUCACCCAGUCGUACCGUGCCAUGUGUUACACCUUGCUUCAUCAGAACGAUGCUCUCAGCCGUGUGUUCCGUUAUAGGAAGGAGCUCGCAGACGCAAAGAGUUUGGAGGAGAUUGCUGCUGCAGUGUGGGGCCAUUUGGACGAGCAGGUUUAGCAUUCACCUUCAUAUGCAUCAGGCUUCUCUUAUGCGGAGUCCAUUCUGUGUCACUACCUCUGUCAUACUGUGUAUGAUUUUUGACUGCAUUUAGCACAAGUUGAGGUGGAGCUUCAUUCAAAGCGAGUUCCAAUCGGGGAUAAACGGUUUCGGCUGCUCUCAUUUUCUCGUGCGUCACCAGCACG